UCUCUGCAGCUUAUUUGUUGGAUUUCUUCACAUGCAGCUGGACCCUUUUCAAAGCAAAUAGACAUGAGGCUGGGACUGGUGGCUCUCCUCUGCUUCUUCAGCUCCGUGCUUCAGUGUGACUGCACUCCUCCGACCUGCUACUCCAGAGCGCUCAACCUGGGCAAAGAAAUCAUGACCCUCCUGGAUAAGAUCCAUACUUCCCCCCGCACUAAAGAGUGUGCAAAAGUUCUGCCUGUCAUCCACAUUGAUGUCCAUAAUGCAUGCAUCUCCAACAAACUGCGUGACAUUCUCUACGUGGUGCUGAACCAUCCCAGCUCGAUCUGCAAGGAGAAGCCCAGAAUGGUUCUGCUGAAAAGGAAAAUCCAGAACCUUUACACCAUCGUCACCAGACUUUGUUACCGGGACCUGGUGUUUUUCAUAGAUGAUUGUGAAGCUAUUGACACUGGACGCAGCAGCCCAAACUUAGCAGAAGACAGGCUGCAGCUGCUGCAAGAGGACAGAUGAGAGACUUCAGCAAUAUAUAUAUAUAUGUGCAUAUAUAUAUACCUUUAUAGAAAUUAUUAGCCAGAUGUAGAGCAGUAAAGGUGUGUUUAUAACACCAAAAAUAGAGCUGAUUUAUGUCCUACAUGUAAGCUGGCUGAGGGUUGCAUGUCAUUGAACACAAAUGGUCACAUUCCAGCAGCGACUGCAGAACUUUCCACAGGAAAUUAGCUGAAUGCCAGCCGUGCCGACGAAAACCUUAAAAUAAUAAACUUGUGCGAGAUGCUUGAGUUUUCAGCCUGACCUCUGCUUGUUUACCAGGGCUGAUCAAAGGUUUGCACGCCAUUAACAAAAAUAAGUUGUGUUCUCGUGAGCUAUUGCACACAGCAGCAACGCUGUGUGGCCUUCUGUAAACAUCUGAAGGCUUGAACACGGAUGUUAAACAUGAUGGAGAUGAAGUGGAGCUCUUCUCACUCCUACAUUUUGCAGCUCUCUGAACUUGUACACUUUGCUUUGUUUUUAAGUUUAAGGACUCCUUAAAGAUGUAUUUCUGUAUACGCUAACAUUUGUAAGGUAAUAAAAAUUUUUGUAACACU